ACAGUCAUCCUCAUCAUCAGUCGGCACGCUUGGGUCGAUUGCAUAUCCGCUGUCCUCCAUGCCAAGCUCGCUGUCCUCAGUGGCCGCGUUCACAGCAAGUGUGGGUGGCUGCCCAAGAGAGACGGCCAAAGCCGAUGUCGAGCAGGAAUGGCAACUGGCGCUGCCGGCAGCGUACCGCAAGCGCUACCAACAACGCCGCCCAGAUAGACGGGGCAGACCACGCGGGCGUGGAGGCCUCCUCAUGACCUCUCGGCGCACCUCUGGUGGAUGCUCCGUGUUUUUGCAGCUGUGUGUUGGUGGGGCGGGCGCGCUCUACCCUGGUUUGCUCUACAACUCCUUUGCAUAUGGUUCGGGGUUUCUGUCCUAUCCUCCCCUUUUCGACUUGAUCGUCUGUUCGGCGCUAUUAAAAAAAAAUUAUGGAAAAAACGAUCAAUCAAUGAUCUGUCAGAAGGCCUGUAGCCUCAAUAGGGUCAAGUUUGUCAAAGCAUCUGGUGGGUUGUGUCUCCUCGGCAUCGAGGCUGCUAGUUGCGACGCGACAGAUGGCAUCCUCUGCGACAUCGGCAUGCCCGUCCAACACCUAGGCGUACGGUAUAACUGCCGCGUGUUCUGCCUCAACCGCAAGAUUCUUGCGAUUCGUCCCAAGCUUCACCUCGCGGAUGACGGAAAUUACCGCGAGACCCGCUGGUUUACGACCUGGAAACGGCGGAACGAGACGGAAGACCACACCCUGUGCCGCGGCCUCGCGGAAGUGACCGGGCAGGACAAGGUGCCCUUCGGUCAGACCGCGGUGUCGGCCCUGGACGCUCUCGUCGCGGGCGAGACUUGCGAAGAGCUAUGGACACCAGACAGCCCUCAUAUAGGUCAGGCAUUGGCCGGUGUAGAUAUUAUAGGAAACGGGUCGGGCUCGCACCACCAGCUCCGCAAACUAGACACUCGGCUGAACUACAUGAUUUCAGCGACUGCAAAGUGUGGAGGCGUGUACGUCUACUCUAACCAGCGUGGCUGUGACGGGGGUAGGUUGUACUACGACGGGUGCGCUCUCAUCGUGGUCAACGGCGACGUGGUCGCCCAGGCGGCUCAGUUUUCCCUCGCGGACGUGGAGGUUAUCACGGCGACUGUCAACCUCGAGGACGUAAGGUCUUACCGGGCUUCGGUGAGUUCUCGAAUGGAGCAGGCGUCGGGUGCACGGCGACUACCCACUGUGGAAGCGCCCUCGUUCUGUCUCGGUACCCCCGGUGCCAACUACGUGACCCACCCUCCCACACUGCCCCAAGCGUUGAAGAUCCAUAGCCCGCAGGAGGAGUGUGUCCUUGGGCCCGCCUGCUGGCUGUGGGACUACCUGCGAAGGUCCGGUAGCGCAGGCUUCUUCCUCCCUCUCUCCGGCGGGGCUGAUUCGUCCAGCGUCGCGGCGAUCGUCGGGGUUAUGUGCGGGCUGGCAAUCGAAACGGCAGCAGCAGAGAAGGCGGAGCUUAGCGGUAUGGACGACGAUGCCAAGAGGAAAUCAAAGGAGGGCGUAGCCGGAGUGGGCUCUGUGUCCAACGAAGUGCGACGCCUGAUGGGGCUUAAGGAAGGAGAAAAGGUGCCGAGCAGCCCCCGCGACCUUGCCAACUGUGUGCUGCACACGUGCUUCAUGGGCACGGAGAACAGCUCCAAUGCUACGCGGGCGCGCGCGUCGGCUCUGGCGGACCAGAUAGGCGCAUACCAUAGCAACAUCGUCAUCGACACCGCGGUGGCUGCCGUUGUGGGAGUCUUCCGCACGUUGACGGGGAAGACACCGCGGUUCUUGUCGAGAGGAGGGACGUCCGCCGAAGACCUGGCGCUGCAGAACAUUCAAGCUCGUUUACGCAUGGUGAUGGCCUACCUUCUAGCGCAGCUUCUGCCUUGGGUUCGUGGACGGCAAGGGUUUUUGCUCGUGCUCGGUAGCGCUAACGUUGACGAAGCGCUGAGGGGCUACAUGACGAAGUACGACUGCAGCAGCGCGGACCUGAACCCCAUCGGCGGCAUCUCGAAGGUGGACCUGAAGAAGCUCUUGGAAUGGGUGGCGCGCGAGCGAGGUUACACCGCGUUGGCCGACAUUGCGGCUGCGCCGCCAACGGCCGAGCUGCGGCCGCUGGCGGAGGGGGCGGGCGAGGCGGACGAACACAGCCAAGUGGACGAGGAGGACAUGGGGAUGACGUACGAGGAGCUGUCGCACUUCGGCCGCUUGAGGAAGGUGGCUCGCUGCGGCCCUGUAUCCAUGUUUCAGAAUUUGCUGUCGGCGUGGAGGCAUCUCUCUCCCCAGGAGAUCGCCUCGAAAGUAAAGCGUUUCUUCAUUUUUUACUCCGUGAAUCGGCACAAGAUGACCACGCUGACGCCUUCGUACCACGCCGAGGAGUACUCUCCAGAUGACAACCGUUUCGACCUGCGACCGUUCUUGUACCCGACGCGUUGGCCGCGCCAGUUCGCUGUUAUCGAUUCCAUGUUGAAGGGGCUGCCAUCUGGCCGAGUAGAUGGCAAGGAGGCGUAGAAUCAUUGAUUCACGGCAAUUCGUUGGUGCCUGUCGUCUCCACCCUAGGCGGCAGCUGAUGCUGUUUACAGUGUAAUUUUUGUGUGGAGCACUCUCUACAUGUGUGAAUAAAAAUCUGGCCGGCACCAAUCGAUCGCGCAAGGGUUCUGUAUAUACAUGUAUGAAGACUUCGAUGUAGCCCCUGCCCUCUCGUCAUGUCCUAAACUUUUGCCGCCGCGGGCGGCGGGGGGUGCGGCUUGGUGAGGGCAACCCGUGCGUCAUGGUCAGCGCCCAACUUGCUAGGUACGAGAUUCGUCCGAGUGAAGCCACACUGUUGUACUGAGUAUCCGAUGAGACUCGCCCUAGAGACGGGCGGCGGCCGCGAUGUUGAUCCCGUCGUGCAAGCAUCGAUUGUUUAGUGGUUUCACUAUCACAAAAGGUACAGGCGCGGUUAAGUCGCACGGAAAUAAUCGAUUUCCCCACCCCUUGUCUAGACAACGGUGAGGGCGAGGGUGCCGAUGUCGAACGAUCAUUUUCAUCUCGACGAGGCUUCGUCGUGAUUUUCCGAGUGGAACUCUUUGCGACUGCACCAAGCGACCGACAUACGGUUACUACUGCUGUAUUCAAAAGUAGUCGAUCGUGUGUAUAUUCAACUCAAAAGAACAAUAGAACGGUUUUGACGAUAGAUGCAUUUCGUAGUGUACCCGACGGCUGAGAGCAGGAUGCUUGUACGUUUCCUUUUGGUGACAACCAACGCUGCUGCUGGUGUGUAGACUAUAUUGUUCGAUGUAGAUGUUGAUAACCUCGUCCGAUAUGACGUGGUGCGUAAAAUUUCGUACAAAAUGAUUUUCCCUGUGACAACAAAUUCACAGUGUAGUACGAAAACAACAUGCGUAGAUUGAUAGAGCUGUAUGAUUUGAACACUUACAGCAGGCCGUCAACGAAUGGAAUUGUGCGACAUGUCCUAUCUCAAGUGGUAAUUGUCAAG